AUGACUGAUCUAAACGACAGUGGCAAUCCAUCAACUGUUGCGUUAUCCGAGUCGACCAACGAUACAUCUCAACCACGUGCAGAAUCACCAGCCUCCGCUAAUGUUGCUGUGGUUUACGCACGGCUUCCAUUACCACAGAUGGCCAGUUCAAACGUUGAAUCAUGGUUUACAACCAUGGACUUCUGGUUCACUGCAUCAGGAAUUUCGAGCGACAAACAAAAAACAGCAACAGUCUUGGCAGCUUUAGAUCCGAGCGUAAUUUCGCAAUUAUCCGAGGUCAUUGCUGAGAUGCCUCAAAACGAGCGAUACGAUUACAUCCGUAAGAAAAUAAUUUAUCAUUUCGCAGACAGCGAGCAGCGCAGACUUAAUCGUCUGCUUUCCGAGUUGCCUCUUGGCGACAAAAAGCCAUCGGAACUCUACUACGAAAUGAAACGCGUUGCUGGUUCUACUCUUGGAGAUACCGCUCUCAAAAGUUUAUGGAUAAAACGACUUCCAGACGUUGUGCAACCUGUGGUUGCUGCAUCGAGCGGACCGGCAACUGAAUUUACAAGAAUCGCAGAUUCUAUUGUGGAUGCCGUGUCAGCUAGGCAAAUUAACGUAAUCUCAAAACACGAAACUAGCGAAAUAGAUGAGUUGCGUGCUGCCGUACAUAACCUCACCAAAAAAUUUGAAAAAUUUACAACUCGCUCACGAUCACGCAGUCGUCAUCAGACUCGUAAUCCAUCACGUAUUCGUGCCCGUUAUCAAUCCCCUAAUAACGCAGCUGGUGAGGGCAGUUCUAACUCUACCACCAACGAAUGCUGGUAUCACCAAAAACAUGGCCGUAAUGCACAAAAAUGUAGAUCUCCAUGCCGCCACAAACGUGGUUCUGUCAGCACUGUAACAUCCAGUGCCGUUCAACAGUCAGCCUGA